AUGGCCCAGCUCUACUACAAAAAGGUCAACUACUCGCCGUACCGAGAUCGCAUCCCGCUGCAGAUCGUGCGGGCCGAGGCGGAGCUGUCCGGGGAGGAGAAGGCCUACCUGACGGCCGUGGAGAAGGGCGACUACGCCAGCGUGAAACACGCCCUGGAGGAGGCCGAGAUCUACUACAACAUCAACAUCAACUGCAUGGACCCGCUGGGCCGCAGCGCCCUUCUCAUCGCCAUCGAGAACGAGAACCUGGAGAUCAUGGAGCUUCUGCUGAGCCACAGCGUGUACGUCGGAGACGCCCUCCUCUACGCCAUCCGCAAGGAGGUGGUGGGAGCCGUCGAGCUGCUGCUCAGCUACCGGAAGCCCCGAGGAGAGAAACAGGUGCCCACCCUGAUGAUGGACACGCAGUUCUCCGAGUUCACCCCGGACAUCACUCCCAUCAUGCUGGCCGCCCACACCAACAACUACGAGAUCAUCAAGCUCCUGGUGCAGAGACGGGUGACCAUCCCUCGGCCCCACCAGAUCCGCUGCAAUUGUGUGGAGUGCGUGUCCAGCUCGGAGGUGGACAGCCUGCGCCACUCUCGCUCCCGGCUGAACAUCUACAAGGCCCUGGCCAGCCCGUCGCUCAUCGCCUUAUCGAGCGAGGACCCGAUCCUGACGGCCUUCCGCCUCGGCUGGGAGCUCAAGGAGCUCAGCAAGGUGGAGAACGAGUUCAAGGCCGAGUACGAGGAGCUGUCCCAGCAGUGCAAACGUUUCGCCAAGGACCUGCUGGACCAGGCCCGCAGCUCCCGGGAACUGGAGAUUAUCCUCAACCACCGGGAUGACCAGAGCGAGGAGCUCGACCCCCAAAAGUGCCACGAUCUGGCCAAACUAAAGGUAGCAAUAAAGUAUCACCAGAAAGAGUUCGUCGCCCAGCCGAACUGCCAGCAGCUGCUCGCCACCCUGUGGUACGACGGCUUCCCCGGAUGGCGGAGGAAGCACUGGGCGGUGAAGCUGCUGACCUGCGUCACGAUCGGACUCCUGUUCCCUGUGCUCUCUGUGGCCUACUUGAUCGCCCCCAAGAGCAGGCUGGGACUGUUCAUUAAAAAGCCAUUUAUCAAGUUUAUCUGCCACACCGGCUCCUACUUAACAUUCCUCUUCAUGCUCCUCCUGGCCUCCCAGCACAUCGUCAGGACCGACCUCCACAUGCAGGGCCCUCCGCCCACCAUCGUGGAAUGGAUGAUCCUGCCCUGGGUCCUAGGUUUCAUCUGGGGGGAGAUUAAGGAGAUGUGGGACGGUGGAUUUAACGAGUACGUCCACGACUGGUGGAACUUGAUGGAUUUCGCCAUGAAUUCACUCUACCUGGCGACCAUCUCCCUGAAGAUCGUGGCCUACGUCAAGUUUCACGGCUCGCGUCCGAGGAACGAGUGGGAGAUGUGGCACCCUACCCUGAUCGCCGAGGCCCUCUUUGCAAUAUCCAACAUUUUGAGUUCCUUGCGUCUCAUAUCACUGUUUACAGCCAACUCGCACCUGGGGCCCCUGCAGAUCUCCCUGGGACGCAUGCUUCUCGACAUCCUCAAGUUCCUCUUUAUCUACUGCCUGGUGCUUCUGGCUUUCGCCAAUGGAUUGAACCAGCUCUAUUUUUAUUAUGAGACCAGGGCUGAUGAAGAACCCAACCACUGCAAGGGGAUCCGAUGUGAGAAACAGAACAAUGCCUUCUCCACAUUGUUCGAGACCCUCCAGUCGCUCUUCUGGUCUGUGUUUGGCCUCUUGAACCUCUACGUCACCAACGUCAAAGCCCCACACGAGUUCACGGAAUUCGUGGGCGCCACGAUGUUCGGCACGUACAACGUCAUCUCCCUGGUGGUCUUACUCAACAUGCUCAUAGCCAUGAUGAACAACUCGUACCAACUCAUCGCCGACCAUGCCGACAUCGAGUGGAAGUUUGCACGGACGAAGCUGUGGAUGAGUUACUUCGACGAGGGGGGCACCCUGCCGCCCCCUUUCAACAUCGUCCCCAGCCCCAAGUCGUUCUGGUACCUGUGCAAGUGGGCCCACGCCCGCCUCUAUCCCGACGCGGACGCUGACGAUGAGCAGAAGAGGCACGAGAACCUGAAGACCUUCACAGAACGCCACGCUGACAACCUGAUUCAGAAUCAGCAUUACCAGGAAGUCAUCAGGAAUCUAGUGAAGAGAUACGUGGCCGCCAUGAUACGGAACACCAAGACGAACGAGGGGCUGACGGAGGAGAAUUUUAAGGAACUGAAGCAGGACAUCUCGAGCUUCCGCUACGAAGUGCUCGACCUGCUGGGCAACCGCUGCAAGCCCCCGCGGCGGAGCUGCUCGGCCGGCAGCAGCUCCGACCUCUCCCAGCGGGACGACGCCGGCGAAGAGCCCCGCGGCCGCCAGCGCGACCGCCCCAAGGCCAAGAGCGUCUCCUUCGACCUCGCCCGCAAAAAGCAGGACUUCCACGUGUCGGCCCUGAUCCAAACCGUGACGGGGAUGGACGCGAUGGCGGCCGCCGCGGGGGCGGGGCCGGGGCCGGAGGAGAGGCCCGGGAGCAACGGGCUGAGCAAGCGCUCCUUCGUCCGCAACGGCAACCGCCUGCAGAGACUGUCGGGGUCCAAGAAGGAGUCUUUCCAGAGGCUCGGCCUCCUCUUCUCCAAAAUGAACGGCCACCUCCCGGAGCCCGGCCCGGCCUCCGGCCCGGCCUCCGUCUACGCCAUCUCCGACGGGGUGGUCCAGCCCCACUUCAUGUGGCGGGACCUCGGGUGCUCCGACGGGGAGAGGGGCGAGGAUGGCUCCGGGAGCGAAUCUCACCUCAGUGAGGUGGACGCGAGGUUGACGGGCCCCGCCCGGCCCCUGGGCCGCGGCUCUCUCCGUCGCGCCUCCGGCAUCUGCAACUCCAACUCCAGGCUCCUCGACUCCACGGAGGACGUGUUUGACUCCUGGGGAGAGGCCUGUGACUUGCUGAUGAACCAGUGGAAGGAGGGGCAGGAAGACCACGUCACCACUCGGCUCUGAGCCGGGGCGGGGCGGGAGUCCCCGGCCGCCCCCUCUUCGCCCCCUCCCCACCACCUCACCUUCCCCGCCCUGGGUCUCAGAGCUGCCUUCGCCUCUUUCGGUCUGUCUGAUUCACCUUUUGCCAUCCUGCAGAUGCCGAAUCUGUCUGGGGGCUUCCUGUCGUCGACGGGCUGGCCCACGCCCGGCCCGGCUGGGGUUUUAAACCAUUCAUCCACUUCGCCACCCUCGUGGACUCCCUCACAGACACCCAGGCAUCCUCCCCUCACUUUCCCCUGCUUCACCAUUAGCCCAGCCACACCCCGAUUUCUCAAGCCCCCAGGACUGCUCUGGGACAAGGCCUAGGAUGACGCGUCCGGCAGCUCCCGGUGUCCGGCAAAAGCACGUGCCUCACGCUUCCCGAUCCGGCCCCGGAAACCAGCCGAACGACGGGGCCCUUCCCGCCAGGGGCCAGCCCACGAUGCCCAGGUUCCACGAUGGCAGUCGGAGCCCAGGUGAUCCAGGCAGACACGCACCGUCUUGCUCCUUGAGCCCCACCAAGCCCUUCUCCCACGAGCUCAGCCGCCUCAGGCGGGGUCCGCAUCCCAUCUCGCUCGGGGGGGUCCCGCAGACCCCACAAGGAGGAGGCCCGGGAGGGUCGGUGGUGAAGAGGUCCGGGCCUUGGGAUCCCAAGCGAAGGUCACCCCCUGCCCGCCCCACCCCACUAAACCCAACUUUCUCCUCUCCAUCCCCACCCCGAGCCAGACCCUGCUCCAAACCUGCUCACGGAGUGUCGAGUACCUUGGCGGCACCCACCGAGGGCAACGUACCAGGGCUGAGCACCAAGUUCUUCCACUUCAGGGCAGCUACAGGGCAGAGUCUGGCUUCAGACCCACCCCUCCAUCUCCACCUAUCAGCCCCCUUGAAAAUGGGCCUUGGGAAGAGACUCUCCACGCUGAUUCUUAGGGAUACCUUCCCACCCCUCUCUACCCCCUCCACCAUCUUCCCCAGCACCAAAGGGCUCAGGCUGCUCAAAUGCAUUUUAGAAAGCCGGGCGGGUUUCGCCCGAGAAGAGUUUUAACAGGGCAUCCUGCAAACAUUAUUUCUUAAGCACCAGAAUUUUGAAAAAGCCAUCAUCCUCUGAAAGAUCAAAGAAAGAAUGCCGACUGCUUAGAAUACAUUUCUGCCUCCUCCGUCCGGAGACCCUCGCCGAUCCCUCCUCCGCCAGAAAAGCCGUCAUCGACCACCAACCGAAGCCGACCCGUCGGCCCAACCGGUGAGUGGAACCCGACGUGGAGCAGCUCCCGGGGCCCUCAAACCUCACCCCGCAUCCCAGCGGAGGGGGCGACGGGCAAUCAUGUGACCUCCUCAGCACCGCACGGGUCCGGGGGUUUAUCCGUCACCUGUCCACCGGGCAGCCGAACCUCCUUUAACCACACAAUGGGUCAAAUAGAAAUUUCUACUCCCUGCUCAGUGCUUCUGGCUCUUCCCCCACCAUCCCUGCCCCCCAGGCUUCGGAUCGGGGAUGCUGCGGGUCAACAUUUAAGCAUGGUUGGGUGUGCCCACGGUGGGCCCCGGUUACCACCUCAGAGGCAACGAACCGGGUCUCCUCUACUGCACCCUGGACGGGAACGGACAGAGAGGGAAAGAUUGGGGGUCCAACAGAAUAGAGGUGAGAAGGCGGUUGGGAAUGGGGGUCCGCACCUGCCCCGACACCCCCGCCUACUUGGAGGCAGGCUGAGCUAGAACCUAAAUAGCCAGCCGAUGGGACACCAUGAUGCCCCCCCACCAUGAUCAGGGCACAAGGCAUACGGUCGGGGGGGCAUAAAGGCCUCGGGUGAUGCUGGCUUUUGGUGAUGAUGUCCCUUUCUCCAGUUUGGGGAGGGAGGCAGGCCCGGGAUCUGUGACCAUCUCUGGCACAAGGGGGAGGGCGGGGGCCAGGUGGUCUCACCAUCUGGGUCACGGCCUCACAUCCACUAGCAUCUUUGUGCUUAACUGUGGAAAGGGACAGGAAUGGAUUCAUUUUAAAUCGGCAGGCCGCCAGCUACAAACCUUUUUAAAAAAAAAAAAACAAAAAAACCAAACACACCAAAUAAGUCAAUAUCAGUCUCCUCCGGAAACCAUGACUUUUACUUCCUCAGAUUCUUUCCACAAGUAGCGCAAAAAAAAAAAAAAAAAAUCCAUGUCAUCCUUAAGUAUGCCAAGUGUACAAAUGGGAAAAUGUUGUAUAUAACAAAGUUAUUUAUUUUAUGUGUAUUUUUAGCUUAACGGAAAACAAAAAAUAAAACAUUUACUUUUUUUCCAAAAUGUAUGCCUAUUGAAAUUUAAGGUGUUUGGCCCUUCCCUUUUCAGAUGUACGCAUUUACAGCUGCCUAUUGAUAAUAAACACUUCUGAACAAUU